AUGCAUCGAUCGUGCACAUGGUCUGUGUACCUUGAGGUUGCAGACGAGCUGGCAAAUGUUCUGCGUCACGUUGGAGACACACUGCCUCGCCAGCUGGUGCACACUGACGCGAACGAGAGCAACGUCCUUGUGGACGAGUCUGACACCCAGAUACUGGGCAUCAUUGACUUUGGGGAGAUGAAUGUUGGCCAUCGGGCCAUGGAUGUGGCACAUGCCAUGGCAUACCAGAUGGCCUUUUCGAGAGGGGACAGGAUGGAGCCAGCGGUCUGCAUUUUGAAAGGUUACCUGUCAGUCAAUCCCCUGCUUCCCACAGAGAUUGACGUCCUGCCAGUCAUGAUCAUGGGGAGGAUGGCACAGAGCAUAGUGCUGGGAGCCUACAGUGCUGCACAAGACCCCUCCAACGAAUCGUACAUCAUGGAUGGCAAGGAUGGCAUGUGGGCAGUGGUGCAGCACAUACGAGAAGUUGGCCCUGGGAAAAUGGCAGAUAUGUUAAAAGCAGCUGUUCAGUCAGAGAAUGAGAAUGUGGAAAGCUGA